UUUCUCUCGGGAGUCCUGGGCCGGAGAUCCCCCGGCUCUGCUAUCGUGCGUCAUCAGCAGGCGCGGGAGCAGGAAGUGGCGACGCUCCAGGCGCUGUUUCUCUCGGAAUCCUGGGCCGGAGAUCCCCCGGCUCUGCUGUCGUGCGUCAUCAGCAGGCGCCGAAGCAGGAAGUGACGACGCUCCAGGCGCGCGCCGGGCGCUGUUUCUUCUCAGGCUCGGGACCGGCGGCGGCGGCGGCGGCGGCGGCGGCGCAGGGCGUUUUAACUCAAAUGGGUGAUGAAAAGGACUCUUGGAAAGUGAAAACUUUAGAUGAAAUUCUCCAGGAAAGAAACGAAGGAAGGAACAAGAGGAGAAAGCAGAGAUAAAACGCUUAAAAAAUAACAACGCUUCUUCGGUGAAGUUCUUUUGUACUUCCAAAUGUCACAGUCUGAUGACCGGGAUUCCAAACGGGAUUCCCUUGAGGAGGGGGAGCUGAGAGAUCACCGCAUGGAGAUUACAAUCAGAAACUCACCAUACCGACGUGAGGACUCAAUGGAAGACAGAGGAGAGGAAGAUGAUUCUCUGGCUAUCAAACCACCCCAGCAGAUGUCUCGGAAAGAAAAGGCCCAUCACAGGAAAGAUGAAAAGAGAAAAGAGAAACGCAGGCAUCGCAGCCAUUCAACAGAAGGGGGGAAGCAUGCUAGAGUGAAAGAAAAGGAAAGAGAACACGAGCGUCGGAAACGCCAUCGGGAAGAGCAGGAUAAAGCACGCCGGGAAUGGGAAAGACAGAAGAGGAGGGAGAUGGCAAGAGAGCACUCCAGGAGAGAGCGGGACCGCCUGGAGCAGUUAGAGAGGAAGCGGGAGCGGGAGCGCAAGCUGAGGGAGCAGCAGAAGGAACAGCGGGAGCAGAAGGAGCGGGAGCGGCGGGCAGAGGAGCGGCGCAAGGAGCGGGAGGCCCGCAGGGAAGUUUCUGCACACCACCGUACAAUGAGGGAGGACUACAGCGACAAGGGGAAGGCCAGCCACUGGAGCCGCAGCCCGCUGCGGCCACCGAGGGAGCGCUUCGAGCUGGGAGAUGGCAGGAAGCCAGUGAAAGAAGAGAAAAUGGAAGAAAGAGACUUGCUAUCUGACCUCCAGGACAUCAGUGACAGCGAGAGGAAAACCAGCUCAGCAGAGUCCUCCUCAGCAGAGUCAGGCUCAGGCUCGGAGGAGGAGGAAGAGGAAGAGGAAGAGGAAGAGGAGGAAGAAGGGAGUACCAGUGAGGAGUCGGAGGAGGAGGAGGAGGAAGAGGAGGAGGAGGAGGAGGAGGAGACUGGGAGCAACUCUGAGGAGGCCUCAGAGCAGUCCGCAGAAGAAGUGAGCGAUGAGGAGAUGAGUGAAGAGGAAGAGCGAGGAGAUGAGAACCACGUCUUGGUUGUUCCAGAGUCACGAUUUGACCGAGAUUCCGGGGACAGUGAAGAAGGGGAGGAAGAAGUGGGUGAGGGGACCCCACAGAGCAGCGCCCCAACCGAAGGGGACUACGUGCCUGACUCCCCAGCCUUGUCGCCUAUCGAGCUCAAGCAGGAGUUGCCCAAAUACCUGCCAGCCCUACAGGGCUGCCGGAGCGUGGAGGAGUUCCAGUGCCUCAACAGGAUUGAAGAAGGCACCUAUGGCGUGGUCUACAGAGCCAAGGACAAGAAAACAGAUGAAAUUGUGGCUCUGAAGCGGCUGAAGAUGGAGAAGGAGAAAGAGGGCUUCCCGAUCACAUCUCUGAGGGAGAUCAACACCAUCCUCAAGGCCCAGCACCCCAACAUCGUCACUGUCAGGGAGAUCGUGGUGGGCAGCAACAUGGACAAGAUCUACAUUGUCAUGAACUACGUGGAGCACGACCUCAAGAGCCUCAUGGAGACCAUGAAGCAGCCUUUCCUGCCAGGGGAGGUGAAGACCCUGAUGAUCCAGCUGCUGCGUGGGGUGAAGCACCUGCAUGACAACUGGAUCCUGCACCGUGACCUCAAGACGUCCAACCUGCUGCUGAGCCACGCUGGCAUCCUCAAGGUGGGUGACUUUGGGCUGGCUCGGGAGUAUGGGUCGCCCCUGAAGGCCUACACCCCAGUGGUGGUGACCCUGUGGUACCGCGCCCCAGAGCUGCUGCUUGGUGCCAAGGAAUACUCCACAGCUGUUGACAUGUGGUCAGUGGGCUGCAUCUUCGGAGAGCUGCUGACGCAGAAGCCCCUGUUCCCUGGGAAGUCGGAAAUUGAUCAGAUCAACAAAGUGUUCAAGGACCUGGGGACACCUAGUGAGAAGAUCUGGCCUGGCUACAAUGACCUCCCAGCUGUCAAGAAGAUGACCUUUAGUGAGCAUCCCUAUAACAACCUUCGCAAGCGCUUUGGGGCCUUGCUCUCAGACCAGGGCUUCGACCUCAUGAACAAGUUCCUGACCUACUUUCCUGGGAGGAGGAUCAACGCAGAAGACGGCCUCAAGCACGAGUAUUUCCGCGAGACCCCUCUCCCCAUUGACCCCUCCAUGUUCCCCACAUGGCCUGCCAAGAGCGAGCAGCAGAGGGUGAAGCGGGGCACGAGCCCCCGGCCCCCUGAGGGUGGCCUGGGCUACAGCCAACUGGGGGAGGACGACCUGAAGGAGACGGGCUUCCACCUCACCACCACCAACCAGGGCGCCUCAGCCGCAGGCCCCGGCUUCAGCCUCAAGUUCUGAAGCCCACAGCCCGGCUGCUGGCGAGGACCCUGACCUCCGCUGCAGCUGCCACGGUCUUGGGACUCCCCCUCUCACCUGGCUUCCACAUUGUGAUUUUUAUAUUUUGAUUUGUACAUUUGUAGAAUUAAAUUGCAUUUCCCUUGCUGUGGAA